AUGACGUUCAGUUAUCACCCAGGAAAACCGCGGAGUACCGGACUGAGGGAACGAGUAGAUCCGGAGGAGGAAGAAGGUCUCACCCCCCCAUCAUCUCCGAGAAUGAAAAUCAGCAUCCAGUCCUGGGAAGGACCUCCAGGACGAGCAGCCGACAACCAGCACUGCAGCUGCUGUAACAUCAGCAGCAGCAGCAGUGGAACCAGAGGAGGAUCCCCUGGCCGUAAAGAGGUCCAAGGCGUCAAGAGGUGUGGGAACGACACCACGAGACUACGGCGCAUGCCAGGAAGGCUAGAGACGCCAGAGCCAGGAAGGCUAGAGACGCCAGAGCCAGGAAGGCUAGAGACGCGAGAGCCAGGAAGGCUAGAGACGCGAGACGCGAUAGCCAGGAAGGCUAGAGACGCGAGAGCCAGGAAGGCCAGAGACGCGAGACGCGAGACGCGAGAGCCAGGAAGGCCAGAGACGCGAGACGCGAGACGCGAGAGCCAGGAAGGCCAGAGAUGCGAGACGCCAGAGCCAGGAAGGCUAGAGACGCCGGGGAAGGGAGAGGGUUUUGCACAGGAACUCUCUCGGACUGUGUGCAGGUUCCCUGCCACAGCCAUGACCCCCAGCGUCACAAUUGACUGGAGGAAGACCAGCAGAACUGCCUAUGUUCUACUGUGUGCCUGCCCCAACAUGCCUGCAGAAGUUAAUGAAGCACCUCUGACCUUGAACAUCCCACAGCUGACGGACAAUCAGUGCAACAAGCCACAGCUGGCAGCUUGCAGGCGGAGUACCGGACUGAGGGAACGAGUAGAUCCGGAGGAGGAAGAAGGUCUCACCCCCCCAUCAUCUCCGAGAAUGAAAAUCAGCAUCCAGUCCUGGGAAGGACCUCCAGGACGUCCGUCUGCCUCGCGGCCAGGCAGCUGUGUGGGGCAUCGGGUGUGGAUCCUGCUGGCCAUGACCCACCUCACCCUGGACUUCUCUGUGUGCAGCCCCCUCAGUCAAGGUCUGGGGAUCAAACUCACGCCUAAACCGGUGCCUCGCUCGCGGCCUCGCUUGCAGCCCAUCUGGGAGACGACCAACAAGCUUCACUGGAGAACAGUGAGCCCUCUUGCCCGCCGCCUCCUCAACCCUAUCCCUCCACCACAAGACAGUAGGGCAGGGAUAGGGCCAAAAGUGAAGGAUCAAAAGCAUCGGAAGCCAGCACAUAAAGGACAAGCAGCGUGUAAGGAGUGCCGCUUAAGAUACUCUCAAAUGGAGACAGGUGAUCCUGUAAUAGCAGAAGCGCCUGCAGCUUUAUCCAGCAGGAGCAGAGGAGACACAGUGAGGUUGUUACUUAGAGCCAGGAGGCAGCUCAAAUGGGACAGCUAUGACAAGUCUCAGGAGGGCCGGACUACCACGGUGGCCGGAUUUAUCGACUGGGGACCCACAGGGACAGAUAGUAUAGAUGAUGAUAGCAAACCAGAGCCCAACAUUACGCUGUCCACCAGGGUCUCAACUACCACAGUGGCAACAACCACUAGCACUACAACCAGGCUCUCCCAAAGGACGUUCACUGUGGUGACCACACCAGAGCCCAAGAGGCUUAGCACCUCCAAGGCCACUAACACCUUCGGGGAGACUGUCAAACCAUCAAAGCCAUAUGGAGAGCCACCAGGUUUGGCAGUUCACCAGAUAAUCACAAUCACUGUGUCUCUCAUUAUGGUUAUCGCAGCCUUGAUCACAACACUCGUCCUUAAAAACUGCUGUGCACAGUCGGGAAAUGGUCGCCACAAUAGCCAUCAGCGAAAGAUCCACCAGCAGGAAGAAAGCUGCCAAAACCUGACAGACUUCACCCCAGCCCGGGUGCCUAGCAAGGUGGACAUCUUCACUGCCUACAAUGACAGCCUGCAGUGCUCACAUGAGUGCGUUCGGACUGCCGUGCCCAUCUACACUGAUGAGAUGAUCCAGCAGACACCUGUCUACAAGACUGCUUACAAUGGAAACAGGCCCUCCCCCACUGAAAGACAGCUGAUUCCUGUGGCCUUUGUGUCAGAGAAAUGGUUUGAGAUCUCUUGUUGA